AUGCCUGGCCAGUAUCUCCAGUCGGGCCUUCUCACACUGCUCUGGGCAAGCAGCGCUCUCGCUCAAGGCGGUGCGCUACCAUGGCUAUCUCCUGUUUAUCCUCUGUACACGCAACCUCUCGCUUUUGGAAGCGAGAUACAGCCGAAGUACACUGUUCCGAACUCUGAUGGCUCUUCUCUUGACUAUUAUGAAGUUGAGAUUAAGCCAGUCGAUGUGCAAAUCUACCCAAACUUGGGCAAGACAAGGCUUGUUGGUUACAAUGGCGAAGUCCCUGGUCCUACAUUUCGGAUGAGUCAAGGACGCGAGGCUGUGGUUCGCUUUGUCAACCACGGCACCUUAGCAAACAGUGUUCACCUCCACGGCUCGUACAGCCGAGCCCCAUUCGAUGGAUGGGCCGACGACACCACAGAACCUGGCCAGUACAAAGACUACUACUACCCUAACCGACAGAAUGCUCGUACUCUGUGGUAUCAUGACCAUGCUAUCGAUCACACCGCCAAAAAUGCUUACUUUGGUCAAGCCGGUUUCUACAUCCUAUCUGAUGCUCAGGAAGACUCCCUUAGCCUUCCAUCUGACAAGUUUGAUCUUCCUCUUGCUCUUGCUGCCAAGCGAUACAACUCCGACGGCAGCCUCUGGGAUCCAGAAGCCAACGGUGAGACCACCAGCGUAUUUGGAGAUGUCAUUCAUGUCAACGGCAUUCCAUGGCCUUACCACAACGUUGAACCUCGCAAGUAUCGUCUUCGCUUCCUGAAUACCGGUAUCAGUAGGUCGUAUCAACUCUACUUCGAGUCUAGCGAUGCCGCAGGCAAGCAGGUUCCUUUUACGGUAUUUGCCUCUGACGCUGGCUUGACCCUCAACCCGGUUCAGACAAACGAUCUGUAUAUCUCAGUUGCUGAGAGGUGGGAGGUUAUCUUUGACUUCACUUCCUAUGCUGGAAAGAACGUCACUCUCCGCAACAGCCGCAAGGUCGCUGCCGACGAGGACUACAACUCCACUGAUCAAGUGAUGCGCUUCAUUGUGGGUAAUAAAGUCUCCGACCCAAGCAGAGGAGAUAACCUUCCCAACGGCCUGCCCCAAACGCUCCGCAACGUGCCCUUCCCACCAGUCCACGCUCAAACCGAAUACAACUUCAAAUUCGAGCACAGCAACGGUAAAUGGGAAGUGAACGGUAUCACGUGGUCCAAUGUCGACCAACGCAUUCUCGCCAAGCCCGAGCGCGGUGCAGUGCAAAAGUGGACGCUUGCAAACUCUGGGGGCGGCUGGUCUCACCCAAUCCACAUCCACCUGGUUGAUUUACAAAUUACAGCACGCUCUGGUGGUCGAGGAGCACUGAUGCCGUACGAGAAAGUCGCGCUCAAGGAUGUCAUGUGGCUGGAUGUAAACGAGCAGAUUGAUGUCGUUGCUCGCUAUGCACCGUGGGAUGGCGUGUAUAUGUUCCAUUGCCACAACCUGAUCCACGAAGACCACGAGAUGCUCGCAGCCUUCAACGUCACCGCACUCGCGGACUUCGGUUACAACGAAACGACGCACUUCAUCGACCCCAUGGAACCCCGCUACCGCGCCGUUUCUUUCGACGACAAGGACUAUACCGGCCGCAACGGGCCAUUCAGCGAGUCUGAGAUCAAGAAAAAGCUUGACUUCUUCAUCAAGCUAGAUGCGUACAACAAGGUCAAUGAGGUCGAGAAGGCGCUUGCUGAGUACUGGUCUACGCAUACCAGCGGCGCUACGGGGUCUACUACGCGCAGCGCUACAGCGAGUGCUACAGGGAGUAAGACGGAGGAUAAGAGUGCGGUCACUGCCACGAGUGGCAAAACGACGUCGGACGGUAAGAAAACCACGAGCACGACGGCUCCCGCGCCGACUUCGUUCAAGACGAGCACUACUGGUGACGAUAAGCAGAAGGGGAAAAACACAUCGACGUCGAAAAAGUAG